AUGGAGCCAGAGGUAAAAGUGAUUGAAGAUUUCAAAAGCCAGUUCAAGGCUUAUCAGGAGCAGCAGCAAAGGCGGCUGAAAAAUUUGAUGGAGGCCAAGAAGGAGAAGCAGGACAGGCAGAAGAGCACUGGCAGCACAAAGGAGACUGUAAGAGCACUGAGUGAUCUAAACCUCUUUAAAAAAGGACCUCCUGUAAAGGAAGAUGCCAGCAAAAGUUUCUUUGAGGCUGAGAAUGAGCAGCUGCAGGAUCAGCUCCGAGAGCUCCGGGAUGAGAACUGCAGGCUCUACAGACUGAUGGCAGAGAAAGAUUUUGAAAUAAAGGAGCUCCAGAAAAGAGUAAAGGAGGAGAGGUUGGCUCUGUCAGGGGUGUCUGGUUUAGCUGGAGACGUGGCUGCCACUAAAAUCGUGGAGUUGGCCAAAAAGAAUCGGGAGGUGACUGCUGAGUUUGAGAGUGAGAGAGCCAGAGUGAAGCAGCUGAAUCACAGAGUCAAGGAGCUGGAGAGAGAACUACAGGCAGCUGCAGAAAAAAUCCAUUCCCUUGGUGGUGAUGCUGCAGGAAUCAAGGAAUCAGCUCUGAAAAAGCUGGAAGGAAGCUUGGCUGAAAAUCCAGAGGUGAAAGCACUGCAAGAAAAGUUGAGCACAGCCAGCGGAAAAGUGACAGAAUAUCGAAACCAGCUGCAGAAUUUGAAACAGGAACUGAAGCUGACCCAAAAGAUUUUAGCCAAAGAAGUUGGGGAAGAUGUGAAUAUCCAAAGUCUCUUGACCAAUUCUGGCAGCUGGCGUGGGCGAGCUCAGCAAAUUGUCCUUCUCCAAAGCAAGGUUCACGAGCUGGAGCAUAAACUGAAUCAGCAAAAGAUCAGAACUUCACUGCUGGAGAUGGAUGAGGGACUGCUGGCAUUUCCUGAUCCAAGGAAAUUGUCAGUCCAAGAGAAGAACUUGCUGAAGAUUCGCAGCUUGGAGAAAGAAAAGAAGGAAUCUCUGGAGAAACUCUCUGAGCAACACAACACUCUCCAAAAAAACCACGAGGAAUUGAAAAAAAAACUUGAUGCCUCAAGAGCCAGGAACCAAAUGCUGUGUGGAGAAGUGAAGAUGCUGAAGGGCCAGAUUGGAACCUUGCUGGAGAAAGGGAAACACGAUGAUGAGCUCAUAGAUGCCUUGCUGAGCCAGCAGAAGCAAAUGCAGGAGAUUUUAAAGGGCCUGAGCCAGAAGACGGGUGAGAACAAGGAGAUGAUGGACCCUGAGAUUCAGAAUCAAAGCACCGUGAUAGAUGAGCUCAGGCAGGUGGUGGCUGACAGAGAAGCAAAGGUUAAAACUCUGGAGGAGGAGAUCGGGCAGCUCACACAUCAGGACAAGUCAGGAGCUGCUCAUCCACCACCCUCUGAGCACUCAGGAUCACCUGAGGCUGGAAGGACAGAAUCUGCCCGCACAGUGUCCGCGAUGGGCCACGUGCUCGUGGAGUCAGCAGCCUCAGAGCCUUUCUUCCUCAUCCCACCUGCAAGGUCUGCUGGCACGGACAGCUUGAGCUGGGAAGCGCUGCUGGGAGAGCUCAUAGCACAGAGGCUUCUGUGCCAGCCUGCUGAAGAGGAGAGGGAAAAGCUCCUGGAGCUGGUGGCUGUGCUGCAGCAAAGGGUGGAAGAAAGCAGUGACAAAGCCUUGGAAGCUGAGAAGAAGCUCCAGGAAGAGCAGUGGCUGAGUGACAGCCUGGAACAGCAGCUGGGAAAGCUGCAGGUGGAUCCAGAGAGCAGCACAGCUGCCCAGGAGCCUGCCCUGAGGAGCAGAAAAGCCCAGCCCAGCCUCCCCUUGCAUGUGAAUGACAGAGAGGAGCUCUCUGCAUCCCUGUCUGAGCUGCCCCUGGAGUCUCAGGUGGAGGAGCUGAGCAGGAGGCUUGGCUUCCAGAUGGAUGAGAACAAAAGUCUGAAGGCUGCUCUGAAGGAGACUGUGACAGCCAAAGGGGAGGAUUUUUAA